AUGUUCUUAUCUACAUAUCGUCGAGACACCACUGCUCACACAAUAACUAAAUAUAUAGCUUACCUAAUAACCACCUCCAUUUGUAUCACCCAGGCUGUUGGUCAGACUGAUUGGACUCGAUACGUGAAGCCGUUUCUAGGUACUGAAGGCACUCGACCAGGAACUGCAUUCAAUGGCGGUAAUAUCUUUCCCGGAGCUGUACUGCCAUUCGGUUCGGUAAAACUAGGACCGGAUACGACCUGUUUUACGUGGUUCACAGAAGCAAACGCUGGAUACACUCCUGAUGGAAAUGUAACAGGGUUUUCUUUAACGCAUGUUUCUGGCACUGGAGGUGGACCUGUUUACGGCGUGGUCUCUCAAAUGCCACUGCCAUCUCUCGAUCAUGUCAAUGUCCUAGAUAACUUCACUUACAUGGCCCAGCGCCGAGGUGAUGACGAAGCAUCUGUAGGAUACUACAAAUCAACCUUCCAAAAUGGAAUUGUCACCGAACUAUCAGCCACCAGAAACGUUGGAAUGUUACAGUACUCGUUUCCAUCCAAUGGUCAUAUUUUAGUUGAUGUGUCUCAUUAUCUUCCGACAACCGAAGGUGGUUACCAAUCGCAAUUCUAUGGCAAUGGUAAGAUUAGCGUAUCAGAAAACGGAAAGAACUAUCAAGGUUACGGUAUUUACAAAGGGGCAUUUAGCGAAAUACCUGCCUAUCAAGUAUAUUUUUGUGGUGAAUUUGAUAGCGUACCAUCGAAAAAGCAGAUAUUCUCUGGAAUUUACACCGAUCCUUACAACCCUUCACAGCUCAAUGCACAACCUGAAUUCAGUGAUAUGUCAUCUGUAUCCGGCGGUCCCAUAAACUACUUGUUCGGCAGGAGAGUCGGAGCACUUUUCAGUUUUGACGCUGUUAAUGUUAAGUCAAAAGUUGGUAUAUCAUGGAUAUCUGAGGAAAAAGCUUGUCAGUUCAAAGAAGAAGAAAUUCCUGGCUGGGAACUCAAGGAGGUCGUCACAAACGCUAAAAACGUUUGGAACGAUGAAGUUUUGAGUAAAAUAACCACCACGGAUCUAUCCAAUCAGACGCAACUUGAGAUGUUCUAUACCGGAUUAUAUCAUACAGCUCUUAUGCCAACAGACAAAACAGGCCAAAACCCUCAUUGGGAGACUGACGAACCAGUAUACGAUGACUAUUACACAUUCUGGGACACGUUUAGAUGUCUAAAUAGCUUGAUGUUACUAAUAAUGCCUGACCGCGCUGCCGGUAUCAUACGAUCAACUAUCGACAUAUGGAGACAUGAGCGCUUCAUGCCCGAUGGACGUUCUGGUUUUUACAACGGACAAGUUCAAGGAGGAAGUAAUGCAGACAAUGUAUUAGCCGACGCAUAUGUUAAAGGUCUAGAUGGUGGCAUAAACUGGGAGGAUGCUUUCGCAGCUAUGCAAACUGAUGCUGAAUUGACACCUUACAAUACAAAUGAUGCCGGAGACCCAACAUCAAGUGUGAAAGAGGGCCGAGGCGCUCUUCCCGACUGGCUGCAAUUCGGAUGGAUAACCCCCCGAUUUUCUCGAAGCGUUAGUCGAACCGUCGAGUAUUCCUUGAACGAUUUUUCUGUCGCACAAGUUGCAAAAGGCAUUCAGCCAGCAAGUUACGACAAGUACCUUAAACGUUCAGCGGGUUGGCAACGUAUCUGGCAACACGAUCUCUACAGUUUAAAUUACACUGGAUUUCUGGCACCACUAUUUGCCGAUGGUGCAAGAGACCCCAAGUAUACUCCUGCAGGCUGCGAUAGUGCUUGCGAGGCUAUCAGCUACACUUAUGAAGCGUUACCAUGGGCAGAAUACUCAUGGACUGUCCCACAUGACAUGCAAACCUUGAUUUCUUUCAUGGGUGGUGAAAAUAUGACUGAGUCUCGUCUAGACGCUAUGUUUAUCCCAGGCGGUAGACAAAGCGGUGUCGGUGUUGGUGGAAAUAACGGAGUCGGUGAUACUCUUUACAACCCUGGCAAUGAACCUUCCUUUUCUACUCCACUUCUUUACAACUACCUUCCCGGAAGACAAUAUAAGUCUGUGCUUCGCUCUCGACAAGUAGUAAACACUUACUACUCUGCGGGUAAAUCUGGUCUACCUGGAAACUCUGAUAGUGGCGCAAUUGAUAGCUGGAUGAUGUGGCAAAUGAUUGGAUUGUACCCUGUUGUUACACAACCAGUCUACCUGAUAACUUCGCCAUGGUUCACCAACAUCAACAUGACUGUUGGUUCCGGAAAAUUCCUUCUAAUUACUACUAAAAACUCAAGCGACAGCACAGCAGGCACUACUUCCCACGACCGCCGAGCCGCCUACUCACCUCAAUCUGAUAGUAGUACAUACCAAGCGCUAACGGCUAGCAAGGACAACAGCACAACACCCGCGGGUGCCUUUGAUAUCCCAGCCAAAGAUCAACCACUGCCUACCAACUGGUACGUUCAGAGCUUGCAUGUAAACGGCGUAUUGUGGAAUCGAAGCUGGCUAAGUCACGAUGAUAUUCGGAACGGUGGCACACUAGAGUUUGAACUAGGCCCACUUCCAAAGAAAUGGGACACAGGGGAAGUCCCACCUAGUCCUGGACAUGUUGUAUUAUAA